AUGCUUAAAGAUACUACUAAUGAAUGUUUAGAAAUUAAUAAAUACACCAUCCAAGCUGUAUGUUUAAUGAUGACAAAAUCAAGUGAUCAACAAUAUGAAGGAAUCAUACAACAAAUAUCUAAUAUUCCAAUUGUUGAACGUCAGUCUACAAUAGAUAAAAUUUUCUCAACUUAUACACCUCUUAUUGAUGAACUUACGUCGAAGAUUGUGGCAAUUACAAAACAAAUGCAAAUAUGUAUUCUUACUGAAAUUGGAAAAGCUGUAAUGAAGAAAAUUCCUCAUUUUCCUGACUAUAAUACUAUACUUCAAGAAGGAACGAAUGCCUUUGGACAAAUUGAAACAAUACCUGAACCAACUAGCGUUGGUGCUGUAUAUGUACCUCCUGAUUCAACCCCUCCAUUCCAAUUUUUUACGAAAUGUAGUAAUAAACCUUUUUAUAUCUUUGGAGACUUCAAUGCUAAGCACACCGACUGGGGAUGUGAAGGAAAUAAUGGUAGUGGAAAUCAGAUUGUUUCAUGGUUGGAAUUAACAGGAAAUGAAAUGAUUAUACCUGAUAAACCAACCUCGCGAAGUCUUUGGGGUAGAUGUAGUACUUAUGAAUCUGCAAGGCAAUAUCGACCACCAUGGCCACCACAUCUAGUUGUUCUUGCUCGUGAAGUAAAAGCUCUAUUUAUUGACGAACGAUCUCAAUUAACCCAACAGAAAUAUGAAUCUAAACGUAAAUGGAUAUUGAAGGACCAGAAUAUUUGGAAUUUUGUUCGUCCUACAUUCCACUCGUUCUCUCCCCCAUUUCGUGGAUUAACUGUUAACUCAGUUAUUAUGAAAAAUCCUAAGGAUAUAGUUGAUACAUUAGCUAAUCAUUAUGAACGACAUUUCGCAGAGCCUACACCUGAUAUGAACAACGUAAUACAACAAAAAUAUAUAUCUAUUUAUGAUAAAAUUGCUCUUCUGUCCAAUAUUCCAUUAGAUCCAAUACCAAUAAAUGAAGUAAUUAAGGAGUGGAGAAAAAUGUCCUUGAAAAAGUCUACGGAUAGUGUUGGUACAUCAGCUUUCCUAUUGAAAAAAACUUCCUGA